AUGGGACCUGACGUGCCAGACCUGGCCAACCACCAAAGUGGGUCAACCAACUGCUGCAAGGUGACUUCUUUACUGACCCUUACAGAGCCCGGGGAUGACCCAGUGAAUGCUGACGACACUGAAGACUCGCCGUUACCAGAGGAUCUUCCGACAGAGAAUCAGGAUCAUGAUCCUGCUGAUUGCAUCGAGGACACAUUAGCCACAGACGCUGACUCCCUGUCUGAUAUCCCAGAUGAAGACCAGCUGAUGUCAGCUGAGCAGAACAUCCACCAUGAUUAUAGCACCCAUAACUCAGCCCAAGGACGUACUCCUGAGCAAGAGCAUCAGCCCCCUCCAAAGACAAAGUACAGUCUGCAGACAAAGACCUCUCCUCCUUCUCGAUUGAUGUUUGCAAGCUCGAGGACGAGCUUCCCCAGAGAGAUGUAA